AUGAAGCUGCCAGAGGGCCACCCUAAAGUGGGGCACCCUUUGACUCCGUCGACGGAGAUGUGCGCGGGCUGCCUGUACUACAACGACAAGAUGAUGAGGCAGCUCAAGGGACCGACGUGCAUCGGAGUGCCCUGGUCGUCGCAGUCCGCGCCCCCCGCGGCCCCCUCUAUCAACCCGCGGCAAGUGCCCGACUUUCGGUACGCGUGCAUCGGCCUCACGAAGUGGCGCAAGGCCGAGAUACUCGUGCACAAACACAGCAAGACAGGGAAGCCGCAGCUGUACGUGCGGUCGUACAUGCCGUUUUGCCAGGGGCUCGAGGUGGUGAGCGUGCCGGACAUGCAGUCGACGACGGCGCGGCACGCGCUGGGGCAGGGCGCGGACGGCUCCGGCACGGCGGCGGAGAACGGGGACCGCGGGCGCGGCGGGCGCGAGGAGGAGUCGGGGGCGGGGUCCGAGGGGGGGGACUCGGAGGGGCUGCGAGAGGGGCCGGGGGGGGAGUCGCGGCGGCUGUGGGUGGGGUCUCGGGCGGCCGCGGAGGGCGCCAAGGCGCGGGCGAGCGGGCGGAAGGACGACGAGGAGCGGUCGCUGUCGGACAUGUCGAUUCUCGAGAUAUUGGACCGCACGAACGCCAUGUCGCAACGAAUCAUGGCAAAGAGCCAAGAGAAUGCGGCGCUGGCGCUGUCGUCGUUCCGGCAGGUGGCGCGGGACGUCGCGGACCUGCUGGGGAGCCGGGGGGGGCCUGGGAGCCGUUGA